AUGUGGAAUUGGCAGUUUGGUAUUGCGAGUCAGAAGAAGGAUGGUGGGCUCUGUGUAGGGUUAUGUACGAUAUAUGGCUCUGAUACAAGCAGCCCAACCAUUACUUCCUGUCCAAGCGAUGUUACUGUUAAUGCUGGCUCAAACCCCACUGCAACUGCAUCAUGGCAAGUGCCAACUGCCACUGACAUAGGCACUUCACCUCAAGAUCUGAGAAUCUGGUCAAGCCAUGAUCCUGGUGACGGAUUUGGUGUUGGUUCCACUCCUGUACGCUAUAUCUUCAUUGAUCAACAAGGCAACUUUGCAAAUUGCAACUUCAAUGUGAUCGUAACUGGUCAGGGCGGAAGCGUUGACAGCACACCGCCACAAAUCUUUGGGUGUCCAUCGAAUGUGGUGGUGCAGGCUCCUCUGGGCGCUACUGCUACCCAGGCUUCCUGGACUGCACCAACUGCAUCCGAUAAUCAGGGAACGGCCAAUCUGGUCUCUACCGCCAACCCAGGAGGCACUUUCCCCCUGGGAGUCACGUCUGUCAUGUACACGGCAACGGACGGUGCAGGAUUACAGGAUGCAUGCACCUUCAACAUCAUUGUGCAGCAGACAGGUUCUGGAGACAAUCAAAACCCCGUCAUAUCAGGAUGUCCCGGCUCUCAGACCGCUUUCCUUCCGGCUGGCCAGAAUACAGUCUCUGUAUUCUGGACAGCACCAACAGCAACUGAUAAUGCAGGCACGCCAUCUCUGAUCCCAGAUAGGACUCCUGGUUCACAGUUCUCUUUAGGUCAGACCGUUGUUACCUAUACUGCAAGAGACAGCUCUGGAAACACUGCUACCUGCAGUUUUGUAGUGAUCGUGACAAGCUCAGGUUCUGGAGACAAUCAAAACCCUGUCAUAUCAGGAUGUCCCGGGACUCAGACCGCUUUCCUUCCGGCUGGCCAGAAUACAGUCUCUGUAUUCUGGACAGCACCAACAGCAACUGAUAAUGCAGGCACACCAUCUCUGAUCCCAGAUAGGACUCCUGGUUCACAGUUCUCUUUAGGUCAGACCGUUGUUACCUAUACUGCAAGAGACAGCUCUGGAAACACUGCUACCUGCAGUUUUGUAGUGAUCGUGACAAGCCAAACCCCAACAGGCGAUACCACACCUCCAGUUUUGUCCGGUUGCCCAGGGACGAUAACCCGCCAGGUGGCUGCGGGAACCCCCACAGCUGUGGCAUCCUGGACGCCACCGACUGCUACCGAUAAUCAGGGCACAGCCAACGUCAUAUCCAAUGGAUUCAACCCCGGGAAUUCUUUCCCAGUGGGUUCUACAACCGUGAUCUACACAGCCACGGAUCAAGCUGGCCUGCAGUCCAAAUGUGCCUUCAAUGUCAUCGUUUCUUCCGGAGGAGGUGGAACUGUAGUUGACGGGAUCCCGCCUUCAUUGACCAGUUGUACCAAUGCAGCGUACGGUCAAUUGAAUACUGUAACCGGAUUUGCUCUCGUAUCAUGGGACCUACCCACCGCCACAGACAAUGGGAUGCCAAUAGAUUUCGACACCGGAGUCACGUUCACAAAUGCUUUUUUCCCAGAAGGCGUGAAUGGUCCAUUCGUUUGGAGGUUCAGUGACAAUGCUGGGAAUGAGGUUGCUUGUGAGCUCUUCAUUUUUGUUGGAACUGAGGCUCGCACAGACUUGACUCCUCCGGCUGUUACCUCUUGCCCAAGUGACAUCAGUGCGCAAUCUCCAGAUGGCGCUCCUGUCCCCGUCACGUGGACGACACCCACAGGUUUUAAAGCUGGCCAAGUACUGGAAGUUUCAUCUACUCAUGCAUCUGGAGACCUCUUUGGGGUUGGAACAACUCCAGUGAGAUAUGCUUUCAUCGACAACCAGGCAAAUGUUGCCUACUGUGAUUUCAACGUCAUUGUAACUGGCACUGGUGCUCCGACCGAUACCAAUCCUCCAACAAUCUUUGGCUGCCCGUCAACUCUCAUUUUGACAGCUACAGCAGGGGCAUCAGCCGCUGUAGCUGUAUGGACACCACCAACAGCAUCCGAUGCCGAGACGACUGCAGUCAUCACCGGCGACGUGAACCCUGGUGUCUUGGUGCCUGUGGGUGGAACACGUGUGGUCACAUACACGGCACAGGACCAAAAUGGGUUGGAAGAAGUCUGCACUUUCAAUAUCAUUGUGUCAGGAACUUCUCAAAAUCAAGCACCUCAGAUAUUCAAUUGCCCAACGUCUGCAUCAGGGGCCAUAUUUCCACCGGCAACCUCUGCUCCUGUCAGUUGGACACCACCCACUGCAACGGAUGAUUCUGGCGUGACCACGCUGACCUCUACAGCGCAACCUGGCAGUCAGUUCUUCCUUGGUGUAACUACUGUUGUAUACACUGCCAGGGAUGCGACAGGGCUGACAGAUACAUGCUCUUUUCCUGUCACCGUUACACAAGGUUCAUCUAACCAGCCACCCCAGUUCUUUGGCUGCCCACAGGAUAUGACUAGGAAUUUGCCCUCGGGGGUUGUCCAACUCUCUGUUUUCUGGACAGAACCAACAGCAACUGAUGACACCAGUACUCCAACUGUGACAUCUACCAGGAGUCCUGGCAGUUCCUUCCCCGCUGGAACAACCACGGUCACGUACACUGCACGGGACUCGGCCGGGCUUACCGCAACCUGUUCCUUUAAUGUUAUUAUUAUAGGGCAAACUGAUACCAUUAAUCCAGUAAUAAAUGGAUGCCCUGCUGGUGCGGACGGAACCCUCACCCCUGGACAGACCCAGACUAUGAUCUUCUGGAAUGCACCCACUGCAUCAGAUAAUUCCGGAAUAGUCACACUUACCUCAAAUUACGUCCCACCUGCUUCAUUUCCCCUGGGAAACACUCAAGUCACGUAUACUGCAACCGAUGCUGCGGGGAACACUGCUCAGUGUAUCUUUACUGUGUCUGUUCAAUUUCCAUCAACAGUUGACAGAACUCCACCAACUAUCAAUUGUCCUGCGACUAUAAUGGUUGUGGCCCAAAAUGGCCAAACUGUGCAGGUGAAUUGGAAUGUACCAGUGCCAAGUGAACAAGCAACUGUAGUGGCUAACAGAUCCCCGAAUUCAUUCUUUGAUGUCGGAGUGCAUUCCAUUGUGUAUACUGCAACAGAUCCGUCAAACAAUGUUGGACAGUGCUCCUUUGAUGUAAUUGUUACGGCCAACGAUGGGAGAGUGGCUCCUGUCAUUCAAAACUGUCCAACUCAGACGAUUGACUACGGUCUGUUUGAUAGUCCCAGUUGCCGUCCUCCGUACACUGAACCUACGUCAAGUCAGGCAGGCGUCACUGUCACCGUCUCUCCCCCUGGCACCUCACCGCUGACUAACUUUGAGAUUGGUAAUUAUCUGAUAGUCUACUCGUUCACCAACCCGCAAGGAUUACAGUCCGACUGCACCAUAAACCUUGCUGUUACCUCUGGUGGACACGUUUGCAGAUGCUUUCCAUGUGAAGUUGGUGUAUGCUAUUAUGACCCGCUACAAGUGGGAGAGUUCUUUUGUAACACGGAACAAAGGAGGAGAAGAAAGAGGAAAGCACACUGGGAAGAAAUAGUUGAAGACACUCUUGAUUAUUCCUGCAUUUGUGAAAAUGGAGGUCGCUGCAUCAAGACGCCCGAGGGAGAUCUAACCUGUGAUUGCCCGCGGGGAUAUUCAGGUGUCCUCUGUCAAAAUGUUGAUACCGUGGAAGCUGCUUUUGUUCCUGCAGUGCUCCUUGAAGAUCCAUGCUCCUCUUUCCCUUGUCUUCACAAUGGCACCUGUAUCGUUGAGAACCAGGAACUCUUCACCUGUUUCUGCCCACCAGACUGGACCGGACCUAACUGCGAGUCUUACUUUGAGAUACGCCAUGACUUUGGUGGACAUGGUGGCCUACAGAGGGCUGGAGGCAGGUCCAACCUCAUCUAUUUGCCUACCGUAGCAGCAAUGAUCCUAUUGGCUUUUGUCAUCGUAGUCCUCUCUUUCACCAUCUGUAGAAUCAUGCCCCAUGUUUCUGGUCAGACCAAGAACCGCCCAGAUGAAGUAGCGCGAGUCAACUAAAUCCAUGAAGUGUUAUCUCAUAGUUUAGAUAUUAUGCAUGAUAGGUUUAAAGGGAAAUGCCAGUAGUUGCAGUAAACACUGAUUUCAUGAGAAAUUCUGUAAAACCAGGCUUAAUUGUCAGUAUAUCA